AUGUUUAGUUUUAAACUUGGGAAGAAGACAACUGUUCAAUCGAACUCAGAAGCUGAAGCAGUUGCAGUUCUCUUCCAAGAGGCUGAAGAGGUUGAAGAAUUGCAGGAGGAGGCUCUUAUUAGGGGACGGAUUGCGCCAUUGAAGGUUGACAUUGGAGAAGAGAAGAAGAAUAGAGAUGAUCUCUUAGAUUUAGACGAAGAUCCGCUUUCCUCUGAAGAUGAGAAAAGUUCUCCGAUAGAGGAACCACCGAAAGAAGUCAAGAAGCCAGAGAAAGAAGCAGGUCUGGUGUAUAAAGGCGGAGGAAAAGAUCUUCCGCCACCUCGUUAUGUUGGUGCUCUGGCGGAGCGUGCAACGAAGCGAGAGAUGGAGCUUGAAAUAGUGAAAGAGCGAUUGCUUAAGAGGCAAAGAGAAGAAGAAGGUGAAAGCGAAGUUAAAGAUGAAGAAGUCUUUGUGACAGGUGCAUAUAAGAAACGGCUUGAGGAACGCCAAGCAUAUGAACAGAAAAUGGUCGAAAAGGAUCUCCAGGACGCGCUCAAUGACCCAAAGAAGAAGAAAAAUUUGAUGGCGUUUCAUUCUCAUAUGCUAUCAUCUGGAAUGGCGUCCAGAAGUAAGGGGGGCGAUGUAGACGAGAAACCAAGAAAACGAAGAAGAGAGGACGAGAAGAUCUCUGAUUAG